GCAGAGCAGAGCAGAGCAGAGCAGGCACACACACACACACACUCUGGGCACGUUACAUGUGAACACACACGGACAUCUCCCACCACAGACCUGGAUCAGCUGCACUGCUAGAUCUACUCUGAGAACGACAGCAGCCCAUCCCCUUGACGAGGCAAAGGCACCGUGUUAAGCCAGUGUGUGUGUGUGUGUCUGUGUAUGUCUUGUGCGUGUGUGGGUGUGUGCGCGUCUGUGUGUGUGCUCGCAUGGUGGAGCAUGAACAGUCUCUUUCCGGAGACCCUGUUAUUAUUCUGGAACAGAGCAGAUCAUUAGUCUCAUUCACUUCCACUCUGGAGAGGUCCACAGCACACUGCAGUAUUACAAGGCUCCUUGGAGAUUGAGGAAUGCAAAUCUGCAAUCAUGAUGGAAGGAUUCAAAAAACGUACCAGGAAGGCCUUCGGGAUACGGAAGAAAGAGAAAGACAGUGACUCCACGGGGUCCCCAGACAGAGAGGGAGGUGAACCACCCCCAGAGACUGAAUCGCCACAGAAAAAGACCAAUGGGGCACCUAACGGCUUCUCGGGGGAAAUCGACUGGGACCGAUAUAACUCCCCUGAUAUAGAUGAUGAAGGUUACAGCCUCAGGCCUGAGGAGGAAUCAUCCACAUCCCCUAAAGUCAAGACGACUCACUUCUUCUCCUCGAGCGAGUCGGAGGGCGAGGAAGACCAUCGACCAAAGUUCAAGAUAAAGAUCAAGCCGCUGGCGGCAGACAAGCCUGACUAUGCGUCGCCCUCGGUAGAUGAACUAAAAGCCUCCAUAGGCAACAUAGCUCUGUCUCCCUCUCCUAUGCGGAGCAGUCCGAGACGUAGCCCGGGUCUAUUGAAAAGAAAUACAUCUAGUGAGGAAAUUGCCAGACCAAGACGUUCUGCUCCCUCGGUACCGCCUGCCCCUGCUGCUGCACCGGUGGUUGCCCCUGCUGCUGCACCGGUUGUUGCCCCGGUUGUUGCCCCGGAAGUGACCCCCUCCUCCUCUCCUGCCCCCACUCCUCCUCCAGAGCCGCCCAGCAGCAAGAAACCCUCAGUACCAGAGGAUGCUACAGCCUUAUUUGGGCCUCCACUGGAUACAGCCUUUGAUGAAAUCAAAAGUGAAGCGGUGCUAGAUGAGUCUGACGUGUGGGGUGCACCCGUAUCCGUACCCGAGUCACAUCCUGACUCCUCUCUGGCAAGACCCUUUCCCACAGGAACACCACCGCCACUUCCACCCAAGAAUGUGCCGACUUCCCCCCCUCCGUGUGGCUCUCCCCCAGCUGACAUCACCGAUGUGUCAAGAGAGGAAGAGGGGUCCCGGAAGCUCUCCAUUGCAGAUCUAGACAACAUCUUCGGCCCAGAAGAUGACUCCAAGCCCGGGGAAGAAGACGUUGACCAGUGGGUCUGUUUCAGCGAUGAGUCGUCUGCCCCGCCUGGCGAACCUGCUCCUCCUUUACCCAUAUCCCCUCCGCCGCCUGUUGAGCCCGCCCCGCCCUUACCCACCUCCCCUCCCCCAGUUUCAGAUGCCCCUGCCCCCCUGCCCCUGCGUACAACCCCUCCCCCUGCAGAGGAGCCCUGCCCACUGUCACCCCCACCUGUCCAAUCACCUCCAAAGGAGACUGUCCCUCCCCUUCCCUCAGCUCAAACCCCGCCCAAAGACACUGCUCCUUCUGCAGUCCCGCCCCCACCAGAAGACCCGGCUCCUCCCCCUCCACCGCCUGAGGAUAUAGCCCUUCUCUCUCCUCCUCCUUCUCCUCCUCCUCCAUUCGCAGAAUCUCCACCCUUGAAAACUCCCCCUUGCCUUCCCCCGGACCCUUUUUCAGAGGCAGGGGCAGGGGCAGACUCUGGUACGAGCCCCCCAGUCUCUCUGGAAACGGCUGCGUGUGCGAUCCCACCACCACCCCUCGUCCUGAGCCAGGAGGAACUCAAGAGCCCCGAAGGGAACCAGCAGAAAGACGACCUGAGAGAGACGAGCGUUUCACCCAAAGAUGUGGGCGGCCAAGGCAGCCGUGCCACCCCUCCCCCGCCCCCGCCCCCCACAUACAGGGCAGUGGUGUCGUCCCCUGGCCCAUGCCCUGCAGCUGGAGGCACAGGCAGUGGGUCGUCCUCUCCUGCCCGUCCCGCCACGCCGUCGGCCUCCACCAGCAGCCCCACGCCUCCACCGCCCCCGCCUCGCCCCCCCUCACGACCCAAACUGCCCCCAGGGAAGCCCAGCGUGGGUGACGGGAAUCGCCCCUUCAGUCCCCCUAUCCACUCGUCGAGCCCCCCACCCUUGGCCCCUCUGGCCCGGGCCGAGAGCACAUCCUCCAUCUCCUCCACCAACUCCCUGAGCGCCGCCACCACCCCCACCGUCGGUAAAGAGCUCUCCGUGUCUGUGUCAGAAGAUGACGCUUAUGUAGACAAACUGCCCAACUUUGAGAAGCGUGUGGACGUGCUGGCAGAGAAUGACCAGCCCUCCCUCGUAUGGUUUGACAGAGGCAAGUUUUAUUUGACCUUUGAAGGCUGCUCUCGAGGGCCUAGUCCGCUCACAAUGGGAGCCCAGGACACAUUGCCGGUGGCCGCUGCGUUCACUGAAACGGUCAACGCUUACUUCAAAGGGGCCGAUCCCAGCAAGUGUGUGGUGAAGAUUACAGGAGAGAUGGUGCUGUCAUUCCCGGCAGGGAUCACCCGGCACUUUGCCAAUAACACUGCACCUGCCGUGCUUACCUUCAGCAUAACCAACUACAACCGUCUGGAGCACGUCCUGCCUAACCCCCAGCUGCUGUGCUGCGACACCGCACAGUCCAAUCCCACCUCGAAGGAGUUCUGGGUGAACAUGCCAAACCUGAUGACGCACCUGAAGAAGGUGUCGGAGCAGAAGCCCCAGGCCACCUACUACAACGUGGACAUGCUCAAGUACCAGGUGUCAGCGCAAGGCCUCCAGUCGACUCCUCUGAGCUUGGCCACUAGCUGGCGCUGUGAACCCACCAGCACAGACCUCAGAAUAGACUACAAAUACAACGGAGAUGCCAUGACCACCCCCGCAGCCCUCAACAACGUCCAGUUCCUCAUCCCAGUGGACGGAGGCGUCAGCAAACUGCAAGCAGUGCUUCCACCGGCUGCCUGGAAUGCAGAGCAGCAGAGAAUUCUGUGGAAGAUUCCAGAUAUUUCUCUGAGGGCUGAAAAUGGAGGUGUGGGGUCCCUGUUGGCCAGGUUCCAGUUGACGGAGGGCCCCAGUAAGCCGGCCCCGCUGGCCCUGCAGUUCACGAGUGAGGGCAGCAAUCUGUCAGGCUGCGACAUCAAGCUGGUGGGUCCUGGGUACCGCUUCUCGCUCAUCAAGAAGAGGUUCGCUGCAGGAAAAUACUUGGCCGAUUAAUCAACACUACUGAUCAACACGAUGGAGAAUCCCUUCUGUGGACUGAGUAUAACUUCAAGAAAAACAGGAAAAAAAAAUAACAAGGAAAAAGAAAACACACAAGGACAGACAAACAAACCAACUGUAAGAAGAUUCCUUUCUAUACAUACAAAACAGAAAAAAAAACUGGACAGUUCUACGGUGUUGUAUAACUUGCAUAUAAAAUUGUUGGCCGUUUUAGGGUGUACUACUUCUUGUAUUUGUAAACUGUAUUAAUUUCAGAACAUCCAUAUUGCAGCAGUUCGAUUCCUUUCUGGUUCCCCCUCCUGUGCAGUUGGACUCUGUGUUCUGUCUGAUGUGUAGUGUUUUUCUCCAAGCCUCUUACUGUGGCUGCCUGACCACUCGACGCGCUUCAGCGAGCUGAACAUUCAGCCAGCGAGGCAUUAUUCAGUGAGGGCAUUCAGUUGUAGACACCUGCAGUUUGCAAGAUGUUUCAUUUUUGUUCAUCACUGUGACAAUAAUCCAAUUAUCUGCCACAGCAAGGAAUCAGAUUGGCGGUGUUCCUAUCCGCGGCAAUGACACCCAUAAACAAGAGAGCAAAGUUUCCACAAAACGCAAAAAGUCAGCACUGAAUGGAACGGAAGGAAUUAUGCUGCUAGUAGUGAGCAUCUCAUAACAUACAGUUUGAAAUACAAUCAGCAACAGGCUGAACAGCCUUUCUCAGAUGUUCUGGACAAAUGUGAACAACACAUGUUUAAAUUGUAACUAAUAGAUAGAUAUUUAUGUUUAAGGGGCAGAUGAUAUGCUAGUUUUUGGAUUCAGUGAGGAGAGGCGGAUUGGAUACAGAACUAAUGCUAUAAUGCAUUGUUGUGGAUCCACAUUGGCGUGGAGAUUUAAUUCAAUCAACUGAACUGAGUACUCAGGCAGCUACAGUGAUGAAUGAAGUCCUGCUUGCAAUAUUUACAAAGGAAAAAAAAUCACAUUUUCCCAUGAAAAUUUUUCUGUGUCAUUUUAAAUUGAUAAUGUAUAUCUUAAAGGGCGUUUGGUGUUUUUGUUGUAUUGUUAUAUAGCCUUUCUGUUGUUCCGAAACAGCAGUGUUAGAUUUCAGAGUACAUGACAGCAUUCUAUUUUUAUUUAUUGACGAUUAUAAUUUGUUGUAAAAAAUAAAUAUGUGAACUGUAUAUGAAUAGACUUUGAAUGGUAUCAGGAUUUAGGGUCCUUUAAAGUUAUAAAUAACUGAUUUUUGUUAUCUGUGUAGUUGGGUAUACUGUGUACAGUGUAAUGCUGAGCUAUAAUUUUUAACUUUAUUUCAGAUAUAAUUUUUUAACUCAAUUGCAACAGAAGAUUUGAGCUAUAUAAAUAUAUAUAUAUAAAUAAAUAAAUAUAUAUGGGAGGGGGUUAAAAAAAAAAA